GGAAAUUAGAACCCAGUGAGGAAAGAGGAGCCCCAGGCAGGCGGGACGGUCCAGCCGCAGGAGGCUGCCGGACACCAAGCUAGAGGGAGGAGGGGGCACCUGCGGCCUGGGCAGCUGGAGAAGAUUCCCCAUGGAGCCAGGUCCAGAAGGCAGAAGUGGCAGCACCAUCCCUUCCUCCGAAGCAGCCCCCAGCCGUGAGGUCCCUGAUGCAGGGGACCGUGUGGACGCUGCAGCAGAAGCAGCAGAAGCAGGCAGUGCCCCCAGGACCAGUGGGGAGAAUGGAGAGACGACGGCAGAACUGCCAUCACUGCCCUGCGUGGCCUCCUGGAAUGACGACCCAUCCUCCUACCUGAGUCCUCCACAGCCCAAGCCUACCGAUGAGAGUGGGCAGAUGCCCAAAUGUGCAUCGGGAGGGAUCCCCAACAUUGGUUUCGUGGGCGAGCCCCCACCCUACACCCCGCCGGACCCCAAGGCUGUCCAUAUGCUCUACCCACCUUUCCCGUCGGGCUUCUCUGGGCAGAUGCCCAUUCUGUAUCAGCCGGGGCCUUCGCCGCAGCCUCUCUACCCCGCGGCGCCAUCAGCCACCCCUCUGUAUCCGUCGGGACCGUCUCCAUCAUCCCUGUACCCACCGGCCCCUUCACCACAGGCGAUGUAUCCAUCCGCAAGCCUGCCUUCUGGAGCCUUCCCUUACUCCAUUUAUAACAGCCCCAUGAACAGUAUGUCCGCCGCCGCUAUGGACCGGAGGCCCCUGCCUAAGGAUUACAUGGUAGAAUCUGUGUUGGUAACGCUCUUCUGCUGCCUGAUUACUGGGGUUAUCGCCAUUGUCUACUCUCAUGAGACCCGAGCGGCUCUGAGCCGUGGAGACCUGGCCCAGGCGGAACAGGCGUCCAGGAAAGCCCGCUCCUUGGUGCUCUUCAGUCUGCUUUUUGGGGUCUUCGUGUCUACCAGCUGGGUCAUCUAUGUCAUAGUGGCGCUCUACAUUCCCUGAGGGACCUCUUCUGGGACUUCUCCUCCCAACACCCGGGGCAACACCCCACUGCUGCCCGGGACUCCUAAUAAAAACGCCCAGCAUA